AACACCCGCACCGCCACGCUCCCUCCCCCUUCGUUUUGGGGGCGGAGGCAAGCCGACACAAUGGAGUCAACAACAAGGGGGGGGAGGCGGAGUGACAUACAAUGCACACGCGCGCGCGGACGACGGAGAGGCAGACGCACGCAGGCAGAUAGACGCGCGCAUACACACGGACAAACUCACGUAGACAGUGUAUGUGUGCGCGUAUAUAUUCACACGCGCGCGCGCGCAUGGUAGGGGUGACACGUGUACACAGGCGGACAGCGACACGGACCACGGCUGUUCCGCAACACACACGGCAGGCACAUGGUGGUCUCGUGCUGCCUGGAGAGGGCCCAGCAGCAAACGAUGCCGGAACGCACGCGAGUAGUGCCGACCGCUGCCACUUGCGCCACGUGAACGCAGCGACGCCACCAGCACCAGCAGCAGCAACAACAGCAGCAGCAGCCACUGUUACAACAGCCAGCAAAGCAACAGCAGCCACAACCACCACCAACUACAGCUAGCGUCAGCAAGCAGCGCCCUCCGUCCCGUGCCGCCGCCGCCGCCGCAGUCUCCAACUCGCCACAUGUGCAGCGAAAGUGCUGCGGGCAAUGAGCCAGCCAGCCGCAACAGUUUUAUUACGGCCUUUUAGCGAGCGUGCAUAAGUUGUGCGUGGCGACUGCUCACAAAUAACAACAAUUCACAAUUGACGACGGCGGCGGCGGCAGGCGACGAGCGUGACAUUAGCGCGCGCUAUUAAAGCCCCUUUCGUCUUGCUCGUCAUGGAACAGGAGAAGAGGGCAACGCCACUGGAGCAAGACGGCCAGGUCGCAGCCAAGGAACGAGGUGGCGGCGGCGGCGCUCCAGCGCACGUGGCGACCGCGGUUCCCGUGCUGCGCCUGUGCGUGCUGGUGGCCGCCACGGGCAUUGGGGGCAGCUUCCAGUACGGCUUCAACAUCUCCGUCAUCAGCGCCCCCACGACCCACAUCCAGCGCUUCAUCAACACGACGUGCGAGCAGCGCUACGGCGCGGGGCUCGACCAGCACGUGCUCACGCUGCUCUGGUCGACCGUCGUCUCCGUGUUCACGCUCGGCGGGUGCCUCGGCGCUCUGCUCGCGGGGCCCCUCGCCAUCCGCCUGGGCAGGAAGGGUGCCCUGCUGUUCAACAAUGGCUUUGCGGUGCUGGCCGCGGUGCUGAUGGGCGUGAGCCGUCCCGCGACCUCCUUUGAGCUCAUAAUCAUCGGCAGGCUCCUCAUCGGCAUCAACUGCGGAGUGGGCCUGAGCCUGCAGCCCAUGUUCCUGGGGGAGUCGGCCCCCCAGCACCUGCGUGGGAUAAUGGCGAUGGGUGGCAUCCUCUUCCUGCCCUUCGGCAUCGUCAGCGGACAGAUCAUGGGGCUACGGGAGCUGAUGGGUGAGGAGGAGAUGUGGCCGUUCCUGCUGGCACUAACGGUGGUGCCGGCGCUGGUGCAGCUCGCCGUGCUGCCCCUGCUCCCCGAGAGCCCUCGCUUCCUGCUCAUCGACCGCGACGACCGCAAGCGCUGCCUCAAAGCCCUGCAGUGGCUGCGCGGGGCGGGCGACGUCACGGACGAGAUGGCGGAGAUGAGGGCCGAGCACGCGAAGCUGCAGGGCCAGAAGAAGAAGAUGCCGCUUGACCUGCUGCGCGACCCCUCGCAACGGUGGCAGCUCAUCACCGUCGUGGUCAUGGGUGCCGGGCAGCAGCUGUGCGGACUCGACGUGAUCUACUCCUACUCCACGUACAUUUUCGAAGCGUCAGGCGUUUCCCACGACAAGAUCACCUACGUCACCAUCGGCACGGGCGUGUGCGAGAUGUUCACGGUGUUCGUCAGCGGCUACUUCAUCGAGCGCGCUGGAAGGCGACCGCUGCUGAUCGGCGGCUACAUGAUGAUGUCGGUGGUGUGCGUCGUGAUGACCGUGUCCCUGCACCUCCAGGACUCCGUGGAGUGGAUGCCGUACCUCAGCGCCACAUGCGUGUUCGGCUACAUCCUCAGCUUUGGCAUCGGCCCAGGUGGCGUGACGGGAAUGAUGGCGGCGGAGUUGUUCACGCAGGAAGCGCGCCCGGCAGCCUACAUGAUCAACGGCUCCUGCAACUGGAUCUUCCUCUUCUCCAUCGGCAUGGUGUUCCCCUUCAUGGUGAAAGAGCUGGGCUCCUUCUGCUUCCUCGUGUUCCUGGUGGACUGCGUGUGCUGCGCCCUCUACAUUUACUUCAUCCUCCCGGAGACGCGCAACAAGUCCUUCCUGGAGAUCGCGCAAGAAUUCGAGAAACGCAACGGUACGGCCGCCACCACCAAGCCUCCGCCGAGCAUCGAGCUCCUCGCGAUAUGAGGCCUUCGUCCACGCCACGGCAGCAGCACCGCCCCCGGUGCUGCCCUGCCCACGACCAGUCCUGCCCACCACCAUCAACUACCACCACUACAGUCCUGCCACCACCAACACAGUCCUGCCACCACUACAUCGCCCACCAGGGCACCACCACCACGGCACCACCUCCACAGCAUCGUCGACGUGGCAAUGCCUCCACAGCUGCUUCCUUCUUUUGUCAUCCCCAACUUCGCCGCCAUCUGUCGACGGGAUUGUAAAGGUCGCGCAAGGGGGGGGGCACCCCCUGCAUCCAGAACCUUUCAACCCCGGUCCGCUUGAAUAUUGCGGAUACAUUUCAUGCUGCACGAAUCUUUGUUGAACCAGGUGAACGACUUCGCGUAUGUCGAACAGAUAGAUGCAGAGAAGCUGCAUUUGGACGAACGUUCGGUCAAUGAGAACCCUGGUCAUAGGCAACACUCUCUGCUUUUUUCCUCCAGUACAGAGCGAUCAAUCCAAGCAGGCACGCUCUUGUUUUAACACACGCUCUGUGUGUUGACUUUCAUGAAAGCUCUUAAAUGGUUUUUUUAAAAGCCCUUUUUUUCCCUGUUUAGCUAAUGUUUACUUCGGUAGACCAAGUGUUUUUUUUUCCUUCCCCCCCCCACCCGCCUCUCAUUCACACAUUGUUUGUUUGAAAUAAUUAAUUUUUGCUCGUCCCUUAGUUUUUACUCGCUCUUAAGCGGACUUAAAUCCACGGGCGCGCCACGGGCAGCGGGCGCCCGCCGCUAACGUUUCCGUCCGUUCGGGGCACGCGCAAUUUUUAACGAAGGCGAUACGGCACCGAUUAUAAUCCAUUACAACAACAACAAAAAAAUCCCGCGUCGGCUCAAGUGACGGCCCGCUACCUCAUCGUCGACCGUUGAAAUCGGCGCGAAAAAAAUGAUCAGGAAGUAAUCUCCUUGCCGGGUCGCCGAGCGCCGUGCGGGGGGGGGGGGGGGGAGCGCCGGUUGCGCGGUCAGAGUUGCCCUACCGAGCCUUGGACCGCCACCGUGGCCACGGUUGAUUAUUUUCGGCUGCCGUGCGGGAAUGUUUGUGUUUUGUUUUGCGCUCUCCGUGGCUUGGAUGGGAUUCGGAGAAAGAGUUCUCUUGAUUUGAGACGUCAAAAAAAUACACAAAGGCACCAGUUUGCACACAGCCUUCUAACAAAGAAACUGGCAGUUACACACACACACACUUAUAUAUAUGAUGCAGCAAACCAGCUGAACACUACACGUGGUCUCCUGUACGUUCACACCUGUGUACACUUGCGUGCAAAAAGCACACGGUCUCAAGGUGGUGCACCGUUCCUCAUUUUAACUUUUCCCGCUUGCGAAGAAAGUCAUCUCGAUUCCACGAUCGACCGAUUCCGCAAAGAGGAUCGUUUUCUCGAGAGAAGAAAAAAAAUGGAAACCGCAUUCUGCUGCGCCUCACUCCCACAAGGUGAAGGAGCCCCCCCCCCCCCCCCAGGAUUGUGACGGAGAACCUUCUGCGAUUUUAUUUAAUUUUGUCCAUCACGACUCGGGCCUCGGCAUCGCGGCAUGAGGCACUUGGAGGAUUCGCUCGCCGGUUUUCCCCGCGCGAGGGCCCCUGACACCGUCCGGCACGCGCGCGCGUUCGGAAACUGGUGUGCCGCGAAAAUAGAAAAAUUCCCAAAGUUCCUGGCUGGCCGGUGUGGGGGCCCCCCUCUCUCGUGCGAACAGAGUGCUGAUGAUGCUGAUAACGAUGAUGAUGAUCAUCAUUUUUGCGAUGCUCAUGGUAAUGAUGGUAAUAUUAUGGUGAUCAUUAUGAUGAUUUUAAUAAUGGUGAAGAUAAUCAUAUUGAUGAUUAUGAUAGGGCAUAGUUAUUUGAAUAACAGCGAUUAUGGUAAUUUUAAUGAUGAUCGCGAUAUGUUGAACGUACAUAUAAUGUAGUUUGUGCGCGCGUGCGUAUAUGUAUGCGCGUGACGUUAGGUUCGCACUCUACAAUACUGGCGAUCUAGCUUGGAUAUCAUGCGCACAAGUGGCAAGUGGUAUCUGAACCUGUCCCGUGCCUUCACUAGGUCGAAUUAGCCCUGAACGAGUAACUGGGUGCCGUGUGUCUAUACAUGGGCACCGGAGAGACAAAGGCGGCCAGGUGCGAUGCCUCCCUCUAAGUGUUACCUACGAGCACUUGCCGGCACUGCCCGUAAAGCUAUGUGGGGGAUCUUUACGUGCAGGGGAGAUCGGUGUAACAAUUGUAGGAUCGAUCAGAAUGAAGCCAUGGCAUGGUGUGGUGACAUCGGGCUGCGUUGACCUGUAAAUUGAUUUAAGCUCUUGUCGUUGAACCUCAAAAUAAUGUAAAGUAAAGAAACUGUAGGCUUGGGUUCGCACGUGUGAGAGACGAGGAGAUUGUGGGUGUCUCCGAGGCCCUCCAUUGGUUGCAAGUAGAGACGAGAGUAACACUGAUUCAUCAAUCAAUACCGAUUCAUAAGUUCACGAUACACGCAUAGAAUCGCCCGUGUAAGAACGCCUUUUGUGAGUUGCUUCGGUCUUAUCCUGUGCGUCCAUGAGUUCAGGUGACCACUGCAGCUUGCAAGAAAAGGCUUGCUACAUUACAGCAGUGUUCUUGAUUAUUUUUAAUCGAAUUGCGAUGGGGAAUCUUGAAAAUCGCUGAAUCGCGAGGGGGUUGGGUGGAGGGUCAUUAUUUCACCCAUGUACUGGGUGCUUCAAAAAAAUGUUAACACUUUCUGAGAAUUUGCAACAAUACCUCAAAUGUGCUGCCUCAGGGCUUUGGAGAUCAUCUGGAGAAGAUUCUAGGCAAUGCAUUGGCAACGAUCGCGAACAAGUGGAGACUGAACUUUUUGAAGCUAGUAACAUACAUUCGUUAUCAAGUUACAGUGUAGUAUUUUCCUUCGUUUUUUUCCCCCACUUAAAAACGAUAGUUCCAUAUAAGUGUUAAAAUAUUUUUGAACCACCCUGUGUAUUUAUCCAGCGCUCUGCGCGCUGCGUCCAACUGUGGCUGUGAUGGGUCUGCAGCGGGCAAGACCGACAGAUCGUGGCGCGCACGUGGUGUCAGACGGCUCGGAGCCCGAUUGGACGGCUCUGUUCCAUUGGGCUGGGGGUGGGAGGGGGCUUGCCUCGUGACGUCACAUCACCCGCGGUGCAAUUGUGCUUUUGCUCCUCCUCUCGCUCGUGAUUGGCUGAGCCCCCCCCCCAUCCCCACUAAAAUUGUUUUGGCUGCAACAACAAUUUCCCCCAGUGGUAAAAAAAAAAAACGAUCCGAGACUGGGGCCUGAACAUCGUCAAACAACGCAUGAGAAUGGCAGGUUAUACGUGCGCCGUACGCCAUCGGUGGUGCUUAUGCGGGCGCGUGCGAAAGAAAUUGCCAUAUCUGGGUAAGAAAUGUCGCUACAAAGCGCCUGUUUGCCAACAGGGAGAGCCAACCUCACCACUUGGGGGGGGCGGUGUGUUCAUCUGCCUGAAUUGUAAUGGGACAAAACUUUGAACAGUGUUCUAUAUACUUUUUGGGUCUUUCGGUAAAGUCACGUAGAUUGAAUAAAAAUAAUAAGUGUUCUAUAUUUUUAUUUAAAGCUUUCGUGACUGCAGGGAUUCAUAUUCUUGGUUCUUUCGGUAAGUCACGUAGAAG